AUGUCGUCUUUAUUACGUUCUACCAAAUUUGUGCGAUACUUCACUGGUGCGGCAAGAACUUUGAUAUUAAAUUCGGCUAAAACUGCCGAUGCAACUUUACUAAGUAAUUCUAAAGCUUUAAGUGCUGCAAAUAAUGUCCUUCUUCGAGAUUAUGCUACUAAAAAGAGUGAAAGUUUAGAACCAUUACUACAAAAAUUAGAUUCUGAAGUGAGACGUUUUGGGAGAAUUACAAAGAAGGACAUAGAUGAAGUAUUUGAUGAGCUUCGGGCUAAAAAUGAUAUCACCAGUUCACAAUCACUAUUAGUUAUAAGAUGUUGUGGAGAACUUGUACCAGAAGAAUUACCUGAACAGCGAACCCUAUUAGUUCAGAAGAUAUGGAAUGUGUUGACUGAAAGAGGAGUACCCAUGGAUGUAUCCCACUACAAUGCUUUGUUACGAGUUUAUAUUGAAAAUGAACAUUCCUUUUCCCCUGCACAAUUUCUUGAAGAAAUGGAGAGAAAAGGAUUGCAGCCCAAUAGAGUUACAUAUCAAAGACUGAUGUGGCGCUAUUGUCAAGAAGGAGAUGUAGAAGGGGCAACUAAAGUUCUGGAAAAAAUGAGGGAACUUAGUAUGCCAGUGUCUGAACCUGUUCUAAAUGCUUUAAUUAUGGGACAUGCUUUUCAUGGUGAUACUGAUGGAGCUAAAGCAGUAUUAGAAACAAUGGCUAGUGCAGGACUAAAACCAUCAAACCGAACUUAUGCACUCUUAGCAUGUGGCUAUGCAAGAAAAGGAGAUAUCAGUGGCGUUGAAAGCAUCAUCAACACAGCGAAGGAACAGGAUAAUUAUUUAACAGAUAAAGAUUUCAUGGAUAUAAUAGAACAAUUAGCAAUUGGAGGGCAUGGUGAUAAAGUCGAACAAGUGUUCCCUUACCUUAACAAGUCCGCUGGCUACAAUCAAGAAGUAUGUAAUCUCAUACUAAAGUUACUCAAUAAAGACAAGGAAGAUGUGGCUAAGAAGAUGAUGUCCACUAUGCCAAAAACAGCAAACAUAGAAGACACCAUGUUCAAAGGAGCUUUCUACAUUAAACAUCUAAUCAAAUUAGACAAAUCAGCAGAUGCAAUCAUACAAUCUUGCAGGGAUUUACAAAGUGAAGGACUCAUCCAAAACGCAAUAUACAUAGCUACCGAGUCAUCCCUAACUCAAGGAAGGAGCGAGUUAGCCGAAAAAUUGUUAAAGGAACUGAAAAAAGACGGUAUAGAAGUCCGUCAACAUUAUUACUGGCCAAUCCUAGCACAGAAAAGCAAGGAAAAAGACGAAGAAGGCCUUUUACAAGUUGUAAAGAACAUGGUGUCCGAAGGACUUUCACCAUCAGGCGAAGCAUUGAGAGAUUAUAUUAUCCCAUUAUUAUUACAAACAAAUAGCCCACAAAAUGCUAUUAUAAAAUUGCAAUUAGCAAAUGUACCAACAAUUCACGCUGCAAGAAACGUUAUGCUAGAAUUAUUGGAAAAUGGGGAUAUCAAAAAUGCUGCCGAAGUAGCGUUGACAUAUCGACCAAGAGGCCAAUAUCCAUUGUUAACCAGGCCCUUAAUCAAUGCUUUAAGUAGAACAAAAGAUAUCAAUUCCUUCGUACGAAUACUACACGUUACAAAUUCGCCACAGGUUCUACAAGAAGACACAAAUGAAGAUGUUCAAACAGAGGACUCUACUAACGAAGCGGGUAGGCUCAUUAAAAUCGCAAUCAAAAAUAUUUGGAGGGAUAACUUAACCGAAGAACUUCUAACGCAAGUGCUGUCUAAAGGCAUACGUAUCAGCACAACAUCUGCUCAAGAAAUAGAAAAUUAUCUUGGCAAUAAUAUGACGACUGAAAUAUCAGAAUUACUAUCAAAACUGACAUCACCAGAUUUGGAAGUGGCACCGUUGGAAACCGUUCGUCGCAAACAAGGACCUCGUAAUGCGGCAGAAUUGGAAAAAAUAUUGAACAAUAAUAAAAACACAGAUAGCAGUAAUAAUCGCCUCAGAAAACAAAUUUUGUUAACCUACUUAAAAGAAAAUAACACUGAAAAAGUAACAAGUUUGUUGGAAGAGUAUAAGAGUUCUGGUUUUGAGUUCAACUUGUCCCUUCUAGCACAGGUGUUUGAAUUAUAUUGUGAAAGCAAUGAAAUUGAAAAAGCCAAGGGUAUACAACAGGAAAUGAUGUCUAAAGAUCCACAGUUUGUUUUGAAUAAUUAUAAGAAAAUUGUGAUGACAUAUGCCUUAGUUCGUGCGAACAGAGACGAUGAAGCUAUUCAAUAUCUAAAAGAUAAUAAGCCACCUUCAGAAAAUGACGGCCAAAACUUCUUAUUGAACUCAAAGUCUUGGCAAAUGCUUAACACUUUGGCUGAAAGGAAAGAUGUUGCAAAAGUUAAGGAAGUAACUAAAUUGUUAAUUGAGAACAAUUAUAUUGAGCCAAACAAUGUGCUACUCGGCCCGUCCAUUAAGGUACAUUUGCUCAAUGAAGACACAGAUGGUGCUUUAUGUGAAUUUGAAAAUUGCUGCAAGCAAUACAGAAGUACACCUUGGAAAGGUGAAUUGAUGAAAGUGCUAAUUUUGAAGGAGGAUGCAUCUAAAUUACAAUGGCUGGCCGAUCUAAGUACUCAGAUCCAUGGAGAAGUGAAUAUUCUUCACGAUCUAGUGUUAGCCUUCGUCGAGUGCGGCAAGCUGCGUCAAGCGCGUCGUAUUCUAGAGACUCCCGGACUUCAUACUCGGCAGAAGCGACUGCAAGACGCCUGCCAACGAUAUGUUGAGGAAGGAAAGUCUGAAUACCUAGAAGGACUUUUAGAAGCAACAAAAGAGUUGUCUCAUAUUGAUCGAUCAAACAUCUUCUAUCACCUGCUCGUUACUUACUGCAAAGCUGACGAAACGGACAAAGCGUUGGGACUAUGGACACUUCUUCAAGAAGAAGGCGAAGUUCCAAGCGAUAAAUUUUUAAGUUACCUCGGAAACCAUCUUAAAACUAGAAAUAGAGACAUACCCUUUAUUAUGCCUGAAACUGAAGUCACUGAAAUAAACACACAAAAACCCACUCAGAAAGUUCAAAAGAAAUAUAAAGAACCACAGAAACCCACUAAAAAGGAGAUUUCCGAUCAUAUCGAGAAAUUGACUCAAGAAGGAAAAACUACUCAAGCAAUGGACUACACUAUGAAGAAUAUAGAAGAAGGUAUGGAACAUAUGGAUAAUAUUUUAAGGGUCAUUGAAAGUUCUGACAAUAAUGAAGAAAUUGAAGUAGCGUUAAGGAGUUUCCCUAGAAGUAGUGCAUUGGCAGCAGCCGUACAAAAUGGUGAACUGAGUGCUAAAUGUCACAAGAUAGCAGAAUUAGCUGCUUCCAGAGGUUAUACUUUGCCAGCUAAUUUACUAUGGAUGGAAUAUUUACUAGUUGGAAAAUAUAAGGAAGCGAACUCCCUAUGGCAAAAAUGUUUGAUAAAUUCCAAUAUAGUUGUAUUCAGAAGGCUAUUGCAAGAAUGUCAUAUGAAAAAUCAACCCGAAACAAUAGAAAACAUGAUAGAAAUAUUAAAAACUAACUCGUCUAUUUCACCUGCUUCUGUUGGAAACGCAUAUUCCAGAUUGAUCAAUUUGUAUCUUUUUAAUAAUAAACCCGAUAAAGCAUUGGCAGCGUUCAACAAAGCUAUUGAAAGCGGACUCUCUAAAGAACAUUUUAACAUAUCGAGUAUUAAAAGAUUAAAGGAAAACUUAGAACAAGCAGGCAAACAGUUUGAUUUUUCAAUA